AUGAGCGAUAUACGACCGACCGCGAAAUGGGCAAAUCGCAUGCUCCGCCCCUUGACAUCCAUCUACCGCCGAUUAGAAAAACACCAGGAAAACCUCCACACCGUCCCUAACUCGAGGAUCCUCAAGGAACGGACCGACUGCCUUCCUGCUAACACUGGCAAUGACUCUGGCUCUAGCUCGCGCGGGUCAUCGAAAGCCCCUACUACGACGGCAACGGAUGCGGAACGAGAUUCGGGCUCAGACGGCGAAGCGGACGAUCCUGCCUGGGUCCCGGGAAAACCUGAAGGGCGGAAAAUUCGACAUAAUUACUCGAGUCGAGGGAAGCGCAGUGCUAGUCGGGGUGGGAGGAGACGGAGUCGAAUGUCGAUUCGCAGCCCUGAGGUGCAGAGGACGUUACCUGGGGCGAUUGAGAUCGCGACACCAUUGCUCGCUGGGAAACAAGCGAGGGGAGGGUUAUUAGGCGAGACGUCUGCGCGCAGGCGAUUGUUUCGGGAUGUUUCGUCGAUGACGGAGGAUUUGGUUGUUGAGGAUGCGCGUAAGGCGACACGGCCUUAUAGCGUCGCUGCUAGCUAUGGGUAUAGCGGGUCAUGGAGGGAGGCACUGGAUCGAUCUGGUGAUCCGGGGCUUGCUGAGAUUGCGCGUCUUUUGGAUCGGUUAUUUUUGACUUUCUUGCAUAAUACCAGGAUACAUGCUACUGCAUCUUUAUCGAAGCAAAAGAGUCAUGGGGCUCGGCCGUUGCUAUCAAUGACUGUGCGGCGGUUACCGGAAUUCAUCGCAGAGGAGCAAAUGGCUCAGGAUGAAGCGGAAGAAGACGGUGACGCGGAUAUGUGUGAUGCAUACUUUACGGAACUCGAAGCUCACUAUGCACCUAGUGGGAAUAGCUGGAAACCGCUCCGUGAAGCCGUACGCGCACAAGGAAUCUAUCUGGUCUCGGAGAUGCUACAGAAGGAUUGUAUCACCAAGCAUAUCGUUUGCCGAUUGUUGGAGGAGUGCAUGAACAAUCAGGAACAUGACGCUUUUGAAUCAUUAUUGUCCAAAUUUCUAUGUACUAUGGAUGAGACGUAUGACUGUCCGACAGGAUUUGAUUCUGUCAUCUCAUCCAGUUCUCGCGAAGACCCAGUUCAGUUACUGGCUACCUACUGUUCACGAUUUCCCGGACGUCGGUCUUUUGUUCAUGAGGAGCUGGCAAAGCUUCUUACCCGCAAAGCCGUGCCAGCCGAAUGGAUGGUGACUGGGCAGUGGAAGAAGUAUGUGGAUGCCGCGAUUCGGUCAAUAUCUACGGAGGCAGAUGAUUCGGUGGCUGCGGCUCAUCUGCUCAACGCCGUGGUUCUUUCAGCCAGCGGUGUUUUCCCAGGUAUGCAUAAGACGAGUGUGGGAUGCGAGGAUCAGCUCUGUCCGGUUCCAGUCAAGGACGCCCUCAGCAACCUCACGGUGAGUCUGAUCACCGCGCUGUGCGGGAUGUACCUGGCGCGGUCCCGUUCUUCCACGGCCGGGGCUGAGCCGGAAGGCGUUGGUAUGAGGGUGAGAGCCAUCGUGGGAUCCCUCGCAGUCACGGUACAACAAGAGAUAGAAAUCCGGUCUUCGCCUGAAGUCGAGUUCUCGGCAUUCCAUUCUCUGCGCCGAGGCUGCAUCUUGCUUGGCGAGCGCUUACUUCAGUGUGAUGAGACCUCAUAUGACACCUUCACACCCAGUAGCCAAGAACCCCGCAACAUGGACGCAUUCUAUGUCUCACUCUCAUCACAGUCAGAAGUGACCAAAGAGUUGGCAGUCUUGACUCGACAGGUCUUUCGCUGUUGCGAGCGCGUGCACGGAAGUGAUGACCAGCCAGGUACAUCUCCAAUGGUACGUGCCAAGAUCGAGCAGCUGGCUGAGUUUAGCGAAGAGCAUGGACUCUCCACGUUCCUCGGCAAGGUAGCUGUGGAGACUGCGAUGCAGCUUGCUGAGGCGACGGUGUAUCCGGAUGAUCAUGUAUGGGCAGCGGAGAUUCAGGAACGGGUUGUCACCAGACAGCAGGAGCUAUCGCACAGGACAAGGAUCUAUCAUUCAGAAUCAGAAGACGACGAUGACGGGCCUGGGCUGUAUCGCUGGGAAGAGAGUAUUGAGGAAUGGGUUGCGAGAACACCCAAAUCCAAGAGCAAAUCAGUUGAUUUCGCGCAGAUUUCUCCAGUGGAGACUGAUCUGGACAGCCAACCCUCUUCCCCUGCAUUGUCUGCCAGCGUAUCUGCAUCCUCGCAGUCCGAUGAGGGUCCUGCAUCCAGCGUGACAUCCGCAUACUCGCUACCAGUCAAGAGGGCAAUCCCCGGCCGAGGGGAGCCGUCGCGAUCACCGAAAAGACUCCGAUCAACAGCCUGGAGG